UCGCUGAACAAAAACCCCGCGGGAUAUGAAAAAUCGAAUGCGAGGGUUUUUGAAAUUCCCACCCCCUCUGUAAAAACCCUCGCUUCUCGUCACCCGCCUGGAAAUUUCUCUUCAAUUCUUUAAACCCUAAGGCCCGCAAGAUGAACGGUAAAGGUCCCGGACUCUUCUCCGACAUAGGCAAGCAAGGCCGAGACUUACUUUUCAAGGACUAUAGCAAUGACCAGAAGCUUACCAUCGCCUCCUUUUCCGACACUGGAGUGGGCCUGAACUCGACCGUGGUCAAGAGGGGAGGUCUUUACACAGGCGAUGUGGCAGCACAAUACAAGCAUAAGAACUCUGUUCUUGAUUUCAAAUUUGACACCGAAUCCAAUAUCUCCUCAGUCCUCACAGUUACAGAUAUUCUGCCAUCCACACAUGUCAUUGCUUCAUUGAGGCUCCCAGAUUACAACUCCGGCAAGUUGGAGGUUCAACAUUUCCAUGAGCAUGCUACAUUUACUACAGCCUUUUCUCUGAACAAGUCUCCUUCAGUAGAUAUUUCAGCAACCCUUGGGACACCCCACAUCGCUUUUGGAGCGGAAGCUAGUUAUCUAACAAAUUCUGGUCUUUUUGCAAAGUAUAAUGCUGGGGUGAGUGUGCCAAAGGCAGAUUCCAAUGUAUCAGCAAUAUUGGCCGAUAAAGGGGACUCGGUAAGAGUGGCAUACUUGCACCGUUUCGAACAGCUGAAUGGGGGAGCGGUUGUGGGAGAAAUCAGCAGAAAGUUCUCCACGAAUGAGAAUACAUUGACAGUCGGAUGUUCAUAUGUGGUUGACUCUCAAACAGUUGUGAAAGCUAAACUUAACAACCAUGGCAAUCUCGGGGCUCUUCUGCAGCACCAGCUGACACCGAAGUCUUUUCUUACUAUAUCUGGUGCAUUUGACACGAAUGCUUUGGCAAAUUAUCCCAAGUUUGGGUUGGCGCUAUUUUUGAAGCCUUGAAAUAUCAAAAGGAUUUAUACAAGGGUGAAUCUCAAACAUGAGUAAGUUCAUGUCGGUUUGUGUUGUCUUUGUAGUCAUAAUUCUUUGCUCUCAUCUCUUUUUUUUUACUGUUGUGUAAUAGUUAAAUAGAUUCUUGACAGUUUCAGACAUUUCCUUUUCCACUUAUUUAUGAGUGGAGAAAAAGAUAAGAGUGGAAUUGCAGUUUUC